AUGGGUCAUAAGAAGCCAUAUCUUAAAAAUAUGGCUUCCUCGAACAUUCUCUCAGCCGUUUGCUUCUUGGGAAUAGCCCUAACCCUAACAACCCUCGCUCCUACCACGGCCAUUAUCAGCCCCAAGGACUACGUCGACGCCCACAAUGCGAUCCGUGCGGAGGUUGGCGUUGAGCCCCUCCAAUGGAAUGAAACAUUGGCUACAUAUGCUCAGAAUUACGCCGAAACGAAGAUUGCCUCUUGCGAAAUGGUGCACUCCGGAGGACCCUAUGGCGAAAACCUAGCAGAGGGAUACGAAGAGAUGACGGCAGAGAAUGCAGUGAAGCUCUGGGUUGACGAGAAGAAACAUUACGACUACGAUUCUAAUACGUGUGUAAACGACUCUAGCCAUUGCCUCCAUUAUACACAGUUGGUUUGGAAGAAUACUGAAUCUGUCGGUUGCGCCGAAGUCCUGUGCCACAACAAUUGGGUUUUUCUUGUAUGCAAUUAUUACCCUCCCGGCAACUAUGAUGGACAACGGCCAUACUAA